AUGCCAAACUUAAUUUCAGGCCAAGCAGGGCGAACAAGUUCCAAUGGAUCUAUCUCCUUUUCCAGAAGAGGGUCUACUUCUAUCCAUCAGGGGAACGAAAACAAUCGUACAAAUCCCGCUGACACGCCUAAACCAAAGAAGAAGAAGAGUUUCGUAUCUUUUAAAGAAGAACAUACUCCACAUAAGACAAGUCCACCAUUACCCAAUCUGAAACAUUUUACAUCUGAACAAAACCCUUCAACUUCUCAUGCAGACAUAGCAGGUAGAUUUACACCGCGAGCUAGAGCAUAUUCUGAAUUCACACGAACAAAGAGGGCUAAACCAGGUUCUGAGAUUGACAUCAAACUUUCCAAUGACCAAAGUAAGAGGAAGGGAGUAAUGGACCCAAAGGGUAUCACGGAACUUGAACCUAAUGACACUAGAUCUGAGAUAUCAAAUCAAACCUUAGAAGCUUCAUAUCUGUCAGAGGCCUCUUCUAAUGGCACAGAGGAUGAUGUUUGGGUCCCCAUUCAUCCUAAGAAGAAGGAACAGGUAGUCAAUGGAAUUAAUUUUGAAGAAUUGCAGACGUUUGCCGAUGAAUAUAUAAUCAAUAUGGAAAGAAUCAAACAACAGAAUCAUUAUAUGGGUCAUGUCACUAGAAGUUCUAGUAAUUCAUUAUGGAAACCGAAGACACUGACUCCAAUAAUGUCUGAAACCGCUGCUAAAUAUACACCACAAACUGUUCCUGUCAGUAAUACAGUACCAGAUGAUCCGGACUUGGGAAAACUCCGCACUGUUGAACCGAGUAACGAUACAUUUCAAGCACCGGAUAGAUUUGCGUUCUUUUGCACCACCGAUGAGAUGACAAUUCACUCGCCUGAGUUGCCCUCUUUACUACGGCCACACCAAUCGUUUUUCGAUUUGUUUAAGCAGGGGGAACCCACGUGGUGGCUGGAUUGCACGUGCCCUACUGAUGAAGAAAUGCACAUACUGACAACUGCCUUUGGCAUUCAUCCUUUGACUGCUGAAGAUGUGAGAAUGCAAGAACCUAGAGGUAAAGUGGAAAUGUUCAAGACUUAUUAUUUUAUUAGUUUUCAUACUUUCGUCAAUGAUAAGAACUCACCAAACUUUCUUGAGCGUAUCUGCAUCUAUAUUAUCGUCUUUAAGAAUGGGAUAUUAAGUUUCCAUUUUUCUCCCGUUGACCAUUGUAGUAAUGUGAGAAGAAGAGUAAGACAAUUGAAAAAUUACGUUAAUGUAAAUGCUGAUUGGAUUUGCUAUGCAUUGAUUGAUGAUAUUACAGAUAGUUUUGCGCCCGUUAUACAAUCAAUUGAAUACCAAACAGAUGCUUUCGAUGAUACCGUAUUAAUGACAUAUAAUGCAGACUUCUCAAAAACUUUGCAAAAUAUUGGAAAUACAAGAAGAAAUAUUAUGACUUUAAUGAGAUUGUUAAGUGGGAAGGCUGAUGUUGUUAAGAUGUUAGCCAAGAGGUGUAGAGAUGAAAGUAAGGAUUCACGCAACUAUAACACCAUAAAUUCAAAUAAUCCAUCUGCUUGGGAUACAACUGAUACAAAUUCGGAGGUAUCAUUGUCAUGUCUUCCUGGAGGCAACAUCGCAAUGUAUUUAGGAGAUAUUCAAGAUCAUUUGUUGACCAUGCAACAAAGUUUACGUUCCUACGAAAAUAUCUUGGCAAGAUCCCAUUCCAAUUACUUGGCCCAACUACAAGUAGAAUCCUUUAUUUCAAACAAUAAAGUUGGAGAAAUUCUGGGUAAAGUGACUAUCUUGGGGACAAUGUUAAUACCUCUGAAUGUAAUCACAGGUUUAUUCGGGAUGAAUGUAGAAGUACCAGGUGGAAAGGUAAAAAAUUUAGCAUGGUUCUUCGGCAUACUUGGAGUUUUAUUUGCCAUUGGGAUUUUCGGCUGGUUUCUUGCAUCGUUUUGGGUUACCGCAAUGAACGAUAAAAGCAAUGACGAUUUAGAUGAAUCAUUCGAUGAAAAUGAGAAAAAGGCAUCUAAAUCAAAAUUUCAGAAGUACUUGCCAAAAUGGUUUAAAAAGAAAGAGGAUAUUACAGAAGACUACACAUCUGGAAGUGCACUUCGAAUUCCAGCUUCAUCGGUACAUUCUACGACAAGUACCGCAGGUACUUUUAGCCACUAUAGUCGAACAACCAAUUCUUACCAGCAUUUUUAG